AUGCUGGCGACCUGCUUGGCGCAGGGGACGUCCGGGAGCCCGACGGUGCGGGUGAUGAGCAGAGACACGCAGGCCCUUCUGGACACGGGCAGCGUGGUUACCCUCCUUCGCCCCGUCUUGGCGGGUGGGAAGGCGGGGGAGCCCAUGGAGGUGGCCUGCGUGCACGGGGGGACCCGGACCUACGACACAUGCCACGUGGUCAUCCGGACCCCGCACGGGGUGUUCACGGCUCAGGCGGGGAUUGUACCCAACCUCCCCGUGCCGCUCCUGAUUGGGAGGGACUGCCCGAUAUUCCGACCCAAUAAGGUGUGGCACGUGGAUGGAUAUGACAAACUUAAGCCCUUUGGGAUUGCCAUCAGUGGCUGCAUCGAUGGGUAUUCCAGGCGGCUUAUGUGGCUCAGUAGUGACAGCACCAACAACAACCCUGCAGUAAUAGCACGAUAUUACCUGCAGUGUGUUUCGAACUGUGGCGUAGUUCCAGCACGUCUUCGGACAGACUGUGGGACAGAAAACGGAGACAUGGCUGCCAUCCAAUGUUCAUUAAGGGAGGACCACACCGAUGAAUUUGCGGGACCUCUCAGCCACAUGUAUGGCACUUCAACUGCCAAUCAAAGGAUUGAAAGCUGGUGGUCCAUUUUCAGGAAACAGAGGACACAGUUCUGGAUGGAUCUAUUUAGUGACCUGAGAGACAGACACUACUUCAACGGCACCCAUGAACACAAGUGCCUUGUAUGGUAUGUCUUGCUGGGCAUCUUUCAGAAAGAGCUUGAUGAGCACCGAGAGCUUUGGAACAACCACACCAUCAGGCCUGUCCGUCAGUCUCUCUGUCCAUCUGGAAAACCGGAGACCAUGUACCACCUGCCUCACAGGUUUGGUGGAAGGGAUUGUGGAUUCCAAGUGGAUCCCCAAGUGUUACAGGAGUUCAAAGACCUUCUGCCACCUACAAACAGUUUGUGUGGAGAUGAUAACCUCCAAUAUUUUGCCAACUUGGAGAGACAAAGCCAGCUCGCUCCACCCAUCAACUGGCCAGCUGCUGUUGACAAUUACCUAACACUCAAGGAGAUGGCUGGACUUUAG